GAAACACGAUAGCUGCAGGGUAACUGGCUAGCUAAAUUAGUUAACGUUAGCUAGGUUGGCUAGAUAGCUGGUGCUAAUUGUGCCCAUCAGAGAAUUCGUCGAACAGUUGCUAGCUAGUUAUCUAGCAUAUAACGUUAGUUAUUAUAGUCACGUUUUCAUAGAAAACGACUGAAUUUGUGACAGCAACAAAAAUGGGAGUAUCAAGUCUGACGUUAGACGCUAACGCUAACGGUCCCAUGGUGGACCUGUCGGGCCAGGGCCUCCAGAAAUUGGAGCCUACCUUCCCUUGUCCGGCAGACACCCACACACUGAUUCUGGAUCGGAACCAUAUCAUUAAGCUGGAGCACCUGGAGAAAUGCCAUGCGCUCCAGCAGUUGUCAGUUGCCAAUAACCGGCUGGUCCGCAUGAUGGGGGUUUCGCAGCUCACUUCGCUUAGAGUGCUGAACUUGCCCAAUAACAGCAUCGGGUACAUAGAAGGCCUGAAGGACCUGGUGCACCUGGAGUGGCUCAACCUGGCUGGGAACAACAUCAAGGUCAUAGACCAGCUCAACAGCUGUGUAGCACUGCAACAUCUGGAUCUGUCGGACAAUAACAUAUCCCAGAUCGGUGACCUGACCAGGCUCUCUGCCUUAAAGACUCUUCUACUGCAUGGGAACAUCAUCACCACGCUGCGUGUUGUCCCUGCCCACCUGCCCCCCCACCUUUCCAUCCUUUCCCUCGCCGAGAAUGAGAUCAGAGACCUUAAUGAGGUGUCUUAUCUGGCAUCUCUGCUCGACUUGGAGCAGCUGUCAAUCAUGAGUAACCCCUGCGUCAUGGCAACUCCUUCCCUACCAGGAUAUGACUACCGUCCAUACAUUGUGAGCUGGUGCCUAGGCCUAAAGGUCCUUGACGGAUAUGUGGUAUCACAGAAGGAAGGGCUAAAGGCAGAGUGGCUUUACAGCCAGGGCAAAGGUCGCUCUUACCGGCCUGGGCAGCACGUGCAGCUGGUCCAGUACCUGGCAUCUGUCUGUCCCCUGACCUCCUCCUCUGCCCUGCAGUCUGCUGAAGAUGCCAAGCUGGAGAAAAUUCUGAACAAGCAGAGGCUGCACCAAAGACAGCUGCUCCAACAGACCCGGAGGGAGUCCCCCAGCCCACCCCGGCCAACACAGCUUGACGUAGAGCAGCAUCGCCCCAGCCACGCCCUGCUGGGGGGUGCUAGGGACCGGCCAGCCACACCCGAGGUGCCUGCGCUUGCCAAACUGACAGACCCCGCUGUGCAGGUUAAUACGUGGCUGGGCUGUGAUCACUCCUACGCCGCACCCCCGACUGGCCGUGCUUCCUCAUCUACCGGGGAGACACUGUACCUGGAGGACGUGCAGACAGACGAGGACAAGAUCCACUGCAGCCUGCUGUCCUCCGAGUCCACCUUCCUGUACCCAUCCUCCCCAACGAGGCCUCCGUGCCUGGCUCCCUCCGACAGCGACGAGGAGCCCGAAGAGCCAGACUCCCUGGCACCUGAGGCCCCGUUAGGUGCCGGCCCCCAGGAGCCUGACAGAGAGGAAGCCUGGUGCGCAAUGCCGGCCUCAGUUCCCUCACCCCAUGACAUCCCUGUGGCGGGAGGACAAGACGCGCAGAUAUACGAGAGACACAAUUUGCAGACAAACUGUUUGCAGAUGGAUGGAGAGCUGGUGCUGGGAGCAUGCUCAGACUGCGCCGUGGUGGAGGCAGAGCUUCACCCGGAACAGGAAGUGGUGGUGCAGUGCAGCAGGUCCGAGUGCCGUGACCUAGACGUGGCUGCCAUGAGGAUCCAGGCGUGGUGGCGGGGCCUCUGGACCCGACGGUGCCACCCGCUGGCGAAGGAGGUGCGGUCGGAGAUCCGUCUGCGCAGGAUGCAGGAGCACAUUGUCUUCCUUUCGGGAGAGUUGGAGCGGUUGCGGAGGCAGCAGGAGGAGGAGCGGCUGCAGAGGUUGGUGCAGGAUGAAGCCGUGAGGUUCCUGUGGAAGCAGCUGCAGUCAGUGCUACAGUGGCAGCAGUCGGUUCAGGGGCACAUGCAGGGCGUGUCUCAGGCAGAGCUGAAGAUGUGCUGCCCGGCUGAGGGGCCGCGUCACCCUGCUCCUCAGUGCCCCGCGCCCGGUGGCAUGAGCAGCAUGCUCCAGGUCUGCAGCGAGCUCUCCUUCCCUGACUCUGGCUUCCAGUCUACAGGUGACCCACGGGGGGCGCUAGAGGACAGCCUCAGCAGCGGGACAGGAGAAUCGCUGGAGACUGUGCGGGCGGGUGGGGCAGGGGCCGGAGCGGGGGGUGACAGCCACGACGGCAGCCUGCUGCAGCAGUACCUCUCCUCUGUGCAGCAGCUUGAGGAGGCAGAGGAAGUGGCCAGCGACAGAACGGGGACGCCCCCAGCCCCCUCCCCUCUCCCCGAAUCUGCAGUGCUCGACUCCCCUCCCAGGAUGGACAGUAAAGGGGAGAUGGAAAGGCAAAAGCCCCUGCUUGGGGCCGGAAUAUGAGCUGAGGCGUCACGCACUCAGAAUAUGUGUACAGACUCACCCACACACUGUCCACAUACGUAUCAUAAGCAUACACUCGCACACACACACACACACACAUACACACAUGCUUUGCAUGUGUGUGUAGGGCCAUGUUAGUUGUGGACAUAAAUACUCAUCUAAGUGCAAAGCACAUAAACACACAGACACUGUAGAGAAGUAAUGUAUUAUUUAUAAGGUAAUGCAUACAUAACAUGUAUCUGGAUAAGCUGCAUUGGAACACCAGGCCGUCCUCUCUGCUGGUGCCUGCAGUCACUGUUUAUGGUGAAAAGAACAGCCUGCAGACUUGUCACGACUCUCAUCUGGCCCGGUGCCAGUUCUGUGCUCUUCACAUACUGGCUCUGAGUAGGGGAAAGCGCUUUAAUUAUUUCUGAAUCUAAGGAUGCCUGUGGCCAGCCAGCAGGACAUAUGAGCUCCAUAUUCUUCUGUUUGGUGUGUUUUGCUGUGUUUACUUUUCACAUUUGUCUGUUCACUACUGCACUGCUGCAGGUGUGUUGCAGGUCUUCAUGUACCUAUGCAUCUCUCCCAGAGUCUGUUUCUUAGCUGGAUCUGGCUUUUAGUCCCUUGGCUGUAACACAAGGACCAAUGGUUGCCAUCCUUCUGAAUGCAGUGUCUCUAAUGUCCU